AUGGGGGAUUCAGGGCGGGUAUGGGGGAUAGUCCCCCGAUGGGGACGGGGACGAGAUUCCCCAAAACCUAUUAAACAGGGAUCGGUUCGGAGACGGGGGCCGGGAUGGAGCGCGGAGACGGGGAUGGUAUUGUCAUACCCGGCUCCUACCCGACCGGUUGCCAUCCCUACCUCUGUCCUGGCCGGGGCUGAUCGAUGGAACUGCUCUAAUGGUGGAACUAUAUUGUAA